AUGCCUUACAGCUGGGAUCCUGCUGGUUUUCCAAAUUACAUCCCCUCAGAUCGAGGUGACGACGACGACUUUCUGAGACCUGUCGUACCUUCUCCACGGCUAUCGCCUAUCCCUUCUCCACGCGGAUCACCUAAUCCUACGCCGAUGUACCUCGAUGAGCACUACAACUAUGUGCAACCCGCAACGGGUUAUAUCGGUGUGCCGAUGAUGCCCACUGGGUUUGUACCUCUACCACCUAGUCCAUCUAUGCUAUCCGCAUCGUUCGUGCCGCUUCCCCCAAGCCCGUACGGAAGUCCUCGUCUCGGACCGAUCCCGUUAAGUCCACAUAGUCCGGGCGGCAUGCUGGGCGCAUAUCCACAAUACCAUCAACCCGCACAUCCAUUUGAUCCAUAUUACUUCCCGCAAGCUGGAAACCGGUACAUGAAUCUCCACUAUACCCCGCGAACCAGUGUACAUCCGUUACUUAAGGAUGCAGAAUACAUCCAUCUCGAUCUCGCAUCGCAUUCAUUUAAGCCCAUGACGCCAAAUGGCAACUGGGUCUCACGAAGAUAUAACCCAAUUCACGAAGGUUAUCUAUCGCAAGUCGCUACGUAUCCGUACGCGACUGAAUUAAAGAUUACUUGCAAAGUACUCGGACCAUUUGCAGGUACUUGGGUUAUAAAAGUCAAAACGGGUCGGACUGUCUCGGUUGGCGACGUUCUCAAAGCGGUAUACGAGGGCUUGCACACUCGAAUGACGCACGCGGAAUGGGCAAAACUGACAGAAAAUGAGGCGUACGAAGCUGCACGACAAUAUACACGCCGAUGUCGUGAGGCCGAGUUUGAAAGGGUGCAGGGCGUUCGGCGGGUUGAUCUUCUUGGGAAGAAGCAUUGGUUUGGCGGACUGAAGAAAGUGAGGGAUGAUGACUCGUAUAACUUUGAGUUAUUGGUGAAGGCAGAGUGA